CAAUUGACACAACCAUGACCAACCCUAAUGCGGUAUAAUUAUCCGAGGAUCCGUUCACGCAAUCACGCGUGAUGUGCAUCAAACGCGAAUAGCCGCAUCGGAAGCCGCGGUGGUUUGCAUUCCUUGGUCGACUGAUGCCCGCUGAUUGGAGGAAUAGUUCACGGCGCGUUGUCGUACGGUCAGGAUGUUGCUCGUUCAGUUGGUUGGCGCUAUGCUGCUGGCACUUUUGCCGUCCAGUGUUAACGGCAUCGUGUACGUGCGGAUAAGGAACGAGCGUGGACCAACGGCAGCCCGCGCCGGCAUCCAGUGUCUCGAGCUGCUGAGCCAUACCUACUUUAAUAUGCGCGAAACGACGCAGAUUGAGAACAUCGUCAUCUUUUACCUGCAAAAUCUGAGCUCCCCGGCCCGGGAGAUCCUGCUCGGAUAUCUGCAGCUGCAUCACACCGGUUACGACAUCCACGAGGACGACGAUGAUGACGAGGACGGCGAACCGGAGUCCCAGUUUCAGCUGAAGCUCAUGUCCGACUCGGUGUCGUCCGACGACUUGCGAAGGGCACAGUUCAUGGACCACAAGCAGAUCGACUACUACGUCAUCGUGAUUGACAGCUUCGAGGGUUUGCAGAGUGCGCUGGACCGCAUCAGCGCGACGGCGGCCUUCAAUCCGCGCGGCAAGUUCGUCGUGCUGUACAACAAUCCGAACGAUCGUGACUCCAACGCCCGGCUGGCGAACCGGGCCCUCGGCCACCUGUUCGUUGGCCACCACUCGGUGAACGUGCUGUUCGCGUUCGCCAUCGACGCCACCAGCUACCACGUGUACACGGGCGAUCCGUACCACGGCGCUACCGACUGUGGCCAGAUGAAAGCGCUCAAGGUGGCCACGGUCGUGAACGGGAGCUUCGCGAGCCGUGCACUUUCCACCGCCAUGAUCAACAUCCCGAAGGUGCCGCCGGAGCUGGAAUCCUGCACGUUUCUGCUCUGCACCCGCGUCGCGCCGCCCUUCAUCGAUCUCGACUGCAGCCGCGGGCUGGAGCUGCAAAUAAUGGAUCUGUUGCGCGAGUCGAUGAAGUUCAAGGUGAACGUUUCGUGCAGCACGAUGGACCGCGGCGAGCUCGAGCCGGACGGGAGCUGGAGCGAUCUGCUCGGGCUGAUGCGGGCGGACGAGUGUGACAUCAUUGCCGGCGGUUUCAGUCCCGACUUUGACGUGCACGACGCGUUCGGCUCGACCACGCUGUACCUGCAGGACUACUACACCUGGUUCGUGCCGGCGGCCGGCCCCGACGCCCGCUGGAAGCUGCUGGUGUACAUCUUCGAGCCGACCACCUGGGAGGCGUUCGCGGGCGUGCUGUUCGUGUCGGCGCUGGUGUGGCGGCUAGUUGCGCACUAUCUGCCCGAGCUGGCCGCCCAUCGGGAGCUAUCGAUGUGCUUUCUGAACACCUGGAGCGUGUUUCUGUGCAUUUCGGCCAACAAUCGGCCGGAGUGUAAUGCGCUGCGGCUGCUGUUUAUGGGACUGACGCUGUAUGCGCUCAACGUGACGACGAUCUACACGAGCAUCUUGAUCACGAUGCUCACCAAUCCGCCGCUCGCCUACCAGAUGGACACGAUCGAGGAGAUCCUGGCGAGCGGUGUCCCGAUCGGUGGCCGGCUCGACAGUGAGGAUUGGUUCAUAAACGACUUUGCGGACGAUCGGCUCGUAUCGGAGCAGUACAACGCUACCUCCGAGUUUCAGCCGUCGCUCGAUAAUCUGCAAGCCGUAGUCGAAGGCAAACGAUCGCUGCUGAUGAGCCGGCUGUACGUGCGCAACACCAAGUACAACGGGCUGGUGCACGGGUUGUCGCGGGACGUGUUGGUGACGCAGAUCGAGAUGAUAAUGGAGAAGGGAUUCCCGCUGCUGCCGAAGUUCAACCGCAUCCUGUCCAAUCUGAUCGACAUGGGCAUCAUGCAGAAGCUGUGGAACGACUUCCUGUACAACGUGACGAUACUGGAUCGGAUCCGGGCGCACAGGGCACUGAGCGAGGCGGACAUUAUAGCCGCUUCGCCCGAGGUUGUGCUGACGCUGGAUCAUUUGCAAAGUGCGUUUGCGCUGUACGGGAUUGGGAUGUGCUUGUGUGUGGUGGUGUUUCUGUUGGAGGUGCUGUCCAAAACGCGCUGGAUUGGGAAGGGGCGCGUUGUGUUGGAGAAGCGAUGGGAUGAGCUGCUGGUACGGUUGCAGCUGAAGGAACGCACGGCUAGGGAGAUGACGAUUCGGCCAAGGAAGAUGGUGAGAUUCAGGAAGGUUUUGAAGUAGUAGCUGUCAAUU